ACACGCAUCAUAUGAUCGCGAGGUGGUAGUCAGGUGCCUUCUGCUCUCGGUGGUGUUCGCGAUCAACGCAGCUCGUCCGAUUCGUAGCAAUUCGCCUCCAGAAUGACGGGUAGCACGAGAAAACCGUGCCUGGUCCAUGCACCGCUCCUCACGCUGAUCGUCGUCUGUCAAUUCGCGAUUUCGCACGCCGGCACGCCCGUCGUGAUAUGGUGCCCGCAGAACGAGUCGUCCGAUUUUGACUCCGCGCACAAAACAACGCUCUCGAAUCCGCUACUGAAGCUGUCGUCCGAGGACUUCGAGGAGAACCUGUCGAAGUUGGGCGUGACGGACCCGGCGGUCAUCAUUGCGGAGGAAUUGUGCGUCGAGGAUCUAAAGGACAAUAAGGUGCUGUCAAUCGCCACCAAUGGCUCAAAACUGCACUAUUUCCCAUUUGUUUUCAAGCCAGCCGCCGUCUUCCAGAAAGUCUUUAGCGAUAAACAGGUGCAAACAAUCGAGGAUAUAAACGAUCAUCAUGAAUUGAACAUGAUCCUGAAAGACAGUGAUCCUAGCACAUGCGUGGCGCUUACGGGAAAGCAGUGUCGUUACAGUCAAGCCGAGCGUAUAAAGAGAGACACUGCCGCAGAGGAAUCUGAGGAGUUCAAGAUAAAUAUAAAAAGAUUUCUAUUUUAUUCCAGUCAAACACCGUUAUUCCAUGUACCUGGAAAGACGAAAACGCCCGUAAAGCUUGCCCUGUCGAAGAUGGUCGACGCGACGGCUGGUGAAAAUGAGAACGGCACGAUGACCGUGAACAUCAAGUUCUCCGGCGUUGACGACAUCGGCGAUCUGUCGCUCCGCUUCUUCUUCACCAAUACGAGCGUGGGCUACUACGCGUUCACGAAGAUCGCGUACACCAUAAACGGCAACGUCGACUCCCUGUGGCCGAGGAAGGCUAUCCAGUUCCCGAACAGGUUCUCCUAUCACUGCUCGCUGCAAAGCACCUUCGCCAACAACACCGUCUCCCUCAACAUGACGGACGUGCAGUUCCAAGUCGACCCGACGAACGGAGUGUUCGGCGACGCGUACGACUGCGUCGGCUUCACCAGCAUACCGAUCUGGACGGGAAUAUUCGUCACGGCGAUACUCGCCCUGAUUAUGAUAUGGGCGCUGACUAUGAUCAUGGAUAUCCGCACGAUGGACAGAUUCGACGAUCCCAAGGGCAAGACCAUCACGAUUUCUGCCGCGGAGUAGAUGAGAGUAACAACAGAGAGACUUGCGGUGUAAUUGUACUCGUGCGAAAUCUAUCGUUACAAGCAGGUAUCACAGUAUCCCACGUCAGUCGUUCACUGGUUAAUCAUGCUCCAGAUUUUACUUCCCGAUCCUGAGUGUUACGCUAUUUUAUAGAAAUAAAGGAGUAGUACCGAUGUAGUAGCGACGAUAACGACGAUAAUGCUAGUCCGAUCACCGCUGACGCGCGAUAUAUCAUCUUGAAAACGUUCGCUCGACGUAUAGAUGUCAUUCCGUUGUAUGAUAUGUCUUUACUUUCUAUUAUAUUUAUAUAUUGUUCGCUACCUUGUGCGUUUGUCGUUUGUACGAUACGAUGGUUACGAAAAAUCCUCGUUGUAGCGUUUAGUUUCCAUUAUCUAGGGAAAGUCAAGUCGUCCUAAUAAAUAAAAGUGGCAUGUCGAGUAAAGGCACAGGUUGCCGAGUGGAAGAACACAAAUACACCAUUAGAGUCGAAAAA